AUGAGUAACCAAGAGACUGACAGCUCGAGCGCAGAGAGCGCCUUUUCGCCUUGCGACAGAUCGUUCCUUUACGAUGCAGUCUGGCAAGGUCGACCAACCAAGGUACUUUUUCUCGCAUGCGCCACGUCCUGUAUUUUUGGGAUGGCGCUCGGCUAUUGGGAUAAACAGCCCACUGUUGAGCUUUAUCAGUGGACUGCUAAUCGCCAGCGAUCCACCUACCUUAUGUUUACCAGGUACCCGACUCCAUCUCUGGGGGGCCGCUUGAGCAGCCAAAGGCCGCCUAACAACAUCUCCAGCUCCUCCUUGUCGACUAUAUCGUGGACGACCGUCUUGCGCCCAACUGCCUCCGCCCUUCGCUGCCGUGCGAAUCGUCUCGAACCUCCCCUCCGAUCUCCUUUCAAUUCCAAGCCCAACCUAUACCAUCGCCCAUUCCGAUCAUCCAGCACCAUGUCGGGUGCUCCUGACCGAGAAGCGGUAUUCCCCACGCGCCAGUCGCUGGGUAUCAUGAAGGCCAAGCUCAAGGGCGCCGAAACUGGUCACAGUCUGUUGAAAAGAAAGAGCGAGGCCUUGACCAAGCGAUUCCGAGAAAUUACAAGACGUAUCGACGAGGCGAAGAGAAAGAUGGGACGCGUUAUGCAGAUUGCUUCCUUCUCCUUGGCUGAGGUCACUUACGCCGUGGGCGGUGAUAUCGGAUACCAGAUCCAGGAGUCGGCCCGGUCAGCUCGCUUCCGUGUGCGUACCAAGCAGGAGAACGUUUCUGGUGUCUUACUCCCGGCAUUCGAGAGCUACGUAACUGAAGGAAACAACGAUUUCGGCCUCACGGGCUUGGGCAAGGGUGGUCAGCAGGUCCAGCGUUGUCGCGAGACAUAUGCCCGUGCUGUUGAAGCUCUGGUCGAACUUGCCAGUCUACAGACCGCUUUCGUUAUUUUGGAUGAGGUUAUCAAGGUCGUUAAUCGACGUGUAAACGCCAUCGAGCACGUUAUUAUUCCGAGGACAGAAAACACCAUCAAGUACAUUAACUCGGAGUUGGACGAACUUGACAGAGAGGAGUUCUACAGACUUAAAAAGGUUGCCGGAAAGAAACAGAGAGACACUGCUGCCGCAGACGCCGAGAUCAAGGCCAAAAAGGCUGCACGGGCAGCAGAAGAGAAGGGCGAUACGUCAGGCCCCGGCGACAUUCUUGCUGCGGAGGAAGACAACGACGUUAUCUUCUAG